CGGGGUAUUGAAUGAAUGACAAUUGGUUGGCUUGAGUUGUGGUUGUGUAAGUGAUGGUUUACCUGCGCUGUUACCAGCAACAAAUCAAUGUAUAAAAAGGUCGCUGUUAUAGAUCGGCCGCUUUAUGGGUCCAUAGUUCACUGUCCCCGCACUGUGCGCACAGCACUGUACAUGGCAGGUCAUAUACGCGGUUCUGGGAGGCAGCAGCGCAGAGGGGAGCAUUUAGUGUAAAAAGAGCUGAGGAUUCCAAACAAUGUCUGUGGAAGAGGAAGAACGCUUGCUAGGUGCGGAGGAGGACAAUUGCUUGCUAAGUGCAAUAGAAAAAGGUCUUAAAAAGGAUGCCGCAAAAGCUUUGAGACAUCAUCACGUAAGCGAGACGUUUUCCUGUUCUACCCCUCCACUAUAUGGCCGCACGAAGUCACCUAAACCAUGUUUUGCCUAUGACAACGUUGGCUAUGAGGGUAGCUUGCAAGAUGUUUCUUCUCCACCGUCUAACACAAGCUCAGUUGUGGUGGGUAUUGUCGGGAUGACCUGCCAGUCGUGUGUCCAAUCCAUCGAGGGCAGAAUUUCGAAGAUUCCGAGCAUACUGAGCAUAAAGGUUUCCUUGGAGCGGAAUAACGCAGUGGUAUACUAUAUACAUACGGCAAUAACGCCACAGAAAAUCUGUGAAGAAAUCGAAGAGAUGGGUUUUGAUGCCAGCGUAUCAGAGGCUAACGAGGUCUCACAGUCUGUAGGAUCUGGUAAUUAUGCUGAAGAUGUAGUCAGAAUCAGAAUUGAUGGUAUGACGUGUCAGUCUUGCGUCAACACAAUUGAAGGGAAAAUAGGCAAAGUUCAUGGUGUCCAGAAAAUUAAAGUGUCUCUUACAAGCCAAGAGGCUGUCAUUGUGUAUCAGCCACACUAUGUUGAACCAGAAGACCUCAGGAAUUCUAUUGAUAGCAUGGGCUUUGAAGCCUCGAUCAAGAGUAAACCGAAUUCAUCCAUGCUUGGAAAAAUUGAUAUAGGACGUCUGCAAGAUCUUUCACAAAACAACACGCGGGUUCUACACAACAGCCCCGACAAACUCGCCAAGGAAAACCAUGAACCUGUGACUCUUGGGAUACAAGGCAUGCACUGUAAAUCUUGCGUUCAGUAUAUUGAAGGUGGCAUAUCUGAUCUCCCUGGCGUUCAGAGUAUUAAGGUCUCCCUUGAUGACAAAAAUGCAGUUGUGUCUUACAACCAAAGUAUUAUAACUCUGCCAUUCAUAAAGGAAGCGAUAGAAGCUCUUCAUCCUGGCAAAUUCACAGUUACACUGCCGGUGGGGGCAGCACACCAGCCUGGACAAAAAACGAGACCCAGCGCUAGUCCUGGCAUUAAAAAAGAACACGGGAUUGCCACAAAAACAGCAUUGAUUAGCAUUGGUGGAAUGACGUGUGGGUCUUGUGUGUCCUCGAUUGAAAAUCUGAUCUCGCAGAGGAAGGGAGUGCAUACGGUUGUGGUUUCUUUAGAGGAUGAGACUGGGACAAUCCACUUCAAUCCAUAUGAAAUAAAUGCGGAGGAAUUACGUGCCGCCAUAGAAGACAUGGGAUUUGACUCCACUCUUAUAUCUGAUACAUCCAGUGAGCCUGAAAAUAACCAGACCUCCUUGGAGACUGCUAAUAAAAUUGAUACUACUCAUGAUUACAUUUUGGAUGUUCUUCCCAAGAAAUCUCAUCCAGACCUUUCUGUUAGUGACAAUGACAGCGCUUCCCAGAAAUGCUUCUUACAGAUCACUGGGAUGACAUGCGCAUCUUGUGUUUCCAGCAUAGAGAGAAAUCUGCAGAAGAAAGAUGGUAUCAUCUCUGUGCUUGUAGCAUUGAUGUCUGGGAAAGCAGAGGUCAAGUACAAACCAGACAGAAUCCAACCGUCUCAGAUAGCGCAGCUGAUUGAGAACCUUGGAUUCGGUGCCACAGUAAUGGAAGAUUGCACUGCUACGGAUGGCAGCGUUGAGCUUAUUAUUAGCGGAAUGACCUGUGCAUCUUGUGUACACAAUAUUGAGUCCAGGCUGAUGAGGACUGCCGGCAUUCUAUAUGCCUCUGUUGCUCUGGCUACUUGCAAAGCCCAAGUCAAGUUUGAUCCUGAGGUUGUUGGCCCGCGAGAUGUCAUACAAAUUAUUGAGGAUAUUGGUUUUCAAGCCUCUCUCUCUAAAACGGACCCAACAGCUCAUAAACUGGAUCAUAAAGAGGAAAUAAGACAGUGGAGAAAGUCCUUCCUUUUUAGUCUGGUUUUUGGAAUCCCUGUCAUUUGUCUUAUGGUCUACAUGCUAUUUGCUCACGGCGACCACCACAACCCUAUGGUGCUGGAAAAGACCAUUAUUCCGGGGCUGUCCAUAAUGAACCUUAUCUUCUUCAUUCUUUGCACCUUUGUUCAGUCCCUUGGAGGAUGGUAUUUUUACGUCCAGGCCUACAAGUCCCUGAAACACAAACAAACAAACAUGGAUGUGCUGAUAGUCCUGGCCACUACCAUCGCCUACAUCUAUUCUUUGGUUAUCCUGAUCGUGGCCAUUGUGGAGAAAGCAGACAAGAGCCCCGAGACAUUCUUUGAUACACCUCCGAUGCUGUUUAUGUUCAUUGCCCUGGGGAGGUGGCUUGAGCACAUAGCAAAGAGUAAAACCUCUGAAGCGCUUGCCAAGCUCAUAUCUCUACAAGCAACAGAAGCAACUAUUGUGACUAUUGGACCAAACCAUUCCAUCUUGAGGGAAGAACAUGUGCCUGUUGAACUGGUCCAUAGAGGAGAUAUAGUGAAGGUUGUACCUGGCGGGAAAUUUCCAGUUGAUGGAAAGGUCGUUGAGGGAACAUCCAUGGCAGAUGAGUCCCUUAUUACAGGUGAACCUAUGCCAGUCAGAAAGAAGCCUGGCAGCAUGGUCAUCGCAGGCUCCAUUAAUGCACAUGGUUCUGUUCUGGUGGAAGCUACGCAUGUUGGUUCUGAUACUACAUUGGCACAGAUAGUCAAACUGGUGGAAGAAGCUCAGAUGUCAAAGGCUCCCAUCCAGCAGCUGGCAGAUAAAAUAAGCGGAUACUUCGUCCCCUUUAUCAUCAUCAUCUCUGUUGUUACGCUGAUCGCUUGGAUCACGGUUGGCUUUGUGAAUUUUGACAUCAUAAUAAAAUACUUUCCUAGUUACGGUAAAAAUAUCUCUAAAGCAGAGGUCGUUAUCCGGGUCGCGUUUCAGACAUCCAUCACAGUGCUCUGUAUUGCGUGCCCCUGUGCCUUGGGACUGGCGACGCCGACAGCUGUGAUGGUUGGCACCGGAGUUGCUGCCCAAAAUGGCAUCCUGAUUAAAGGUGGUGAACCUCUGGAGAUGGCUCACAAGAUAAACACAGUGAUGUUUGACAAGACUGGCACAAUAACCCACGGGGUCCCUAGAGUGAUGAGAGUCCUGCUCCUGGGGGACACCGUCAAGCUUCCGCUAAAAAGGAUGCUGGCUGUGGUUGGAACGGCAGAAGCCAGCAGCGAGCACCCACUCGGCAUGGCCGUCACAAAAUACUGCAAGGAGGAACUUGGUACGGAAACCCUGGGUCAUUGUACAGAUUUUCAGGCCGUCCCUGGAUGUGGAAUCAGCUGUAAAGUUAACAACAUAGAAAGUGUUCUUGUGCAGAGCGAGGAGGGUCUUAAUGAGCAGAAUGUGUACCGAAGCGCCCUCAUCCAAACAGAAGACAGCUCCUUGAUCAUCUCGCCCGAGCUACAAGGUGCCGGAGCCUCACAAGCCCACUAUGUUUUAAUUGGAAACCGAGAGUGGAUGAGACGCAAUGCGCUACACAUUUCCCGUGAUGUUGAUGAAGCCAUGGCUAGCCACGAAAUGAAGGGACAGACGGCAGUACUAGUAGCAAUAGAUGGUGGUUUGUGUGGCAUGAUCGCUAUAGCGGACACCGUGAAACAAGAAGCUGCCCUUGCUGUACAUACGCUUAAAUCUAUGGGUGUGGAUGUGGUAUUGAUUACAGGGGACAACAGGAAAACUGCCAAAGCCAUUGCCACGCAGGUUGGCAUCACAAAAGUGUUUGCCGAAGUCCUUCCCUCUCAUAAGGUUGCAAAGGUCCAGGCCCUCCAGGAUGAAGGCAAGAGAGUGGCCAUGGUAGGGGAUGGCGUCAAUGACUCCCCAGCACUUGCCAAAGCCGAUGUUGGUAUUGCCAUCGGGACUGGAACUGAUGUCGCAAUUGAAGCUGCCGAUAUUGUUCUUAUCAGAAAUGAUUUACUUGAUGUUGUUGCCAGUAUACACCUUUCCAAAAGGACCGUGAGAAGAAUACGAUUAAACUUUAUUUUUGCAUUAAUCUAUAAUCUCCUUGGAGUACCCAUAGCAGCAGGUGCGUUCUUGCCAUUGGGACUUGUACUGCAGCCAUGGAUGGGCUCAGCGGCAAUGGCGGCAUCCUCCGUGUCUGUGGUUUUAUCUUCACUACAGCUGAAAUGCUACAGAAAGCCUGAUGCUGACAGAUACGAGGCUCGGGCCCAAGGAUGCAUGAAACCACUGACACCAUCGCAGAUUAGUGUCCACAUUGGGAUGGAUGACAGGAGACGAGAUUUGCCGAAGACCAGUGCAUGGGAUCAGAUCAGCUUCAUCAGCCAAGUGUCUCUGUCAUCUCUGUCCUCUGACAAAGCAUCUCGGCAGAACUCCUUAGCAAGGGACAGGCAAGACAAGUGGUCUUUGCUGAUCAACGAAAGGGACGAGGAUCAGUACAUGUAAUGUAAUGACGUGUCUGGUGGCAUCAUCAGAUGAGUUACUGAACUGAGAGCAUGUAUGGCAGGAUCAUCAUAAGGGACCAGCUCUGUUGUAAGCACCUAGAUGCUUCUCCCUUAUCAAACUACUGCCACUAUAUAGCAUCAUGGCAUCUAGUGAUGCACUCUCUGAAAGCUUUUCGGUGAAAUACAGAUUCAGUGGGUUGACGAGGUACUGAACUAAGAGCAAUACAAGUACAUUCCACAAUUAUUACUUUCAGUGCCAGACUGUCCCCAAGGGUUCAAAGCAGACCGAGUCAGUUAAUAAGGAUGGAGCAUAUUUUUUUAUUGGUAGUUCUGACAAUCCUCCAUGACAUUACAUGCAUUCUUUUAACCGACUGUGAAUGGGUUUGCAGUUGCAGAGAUUAUUUAUUACAGAGCAGUUCCCCUGUAGAGAGAGAAUCACAGGAGUAACCUAGAAGUGGAAGACAAAUGUUUGGCAUUUUUAGUAUGUGAAUUGAAUCAGGGAUAACCAGGAAUGUGACAGUUUCCCUUUAACUAGCUUUGGGAUAUGCAAAGUGUCUAUGAUGUGUAUGCGUGUGUGUGUGUGUAUGUAUGUGUGAUGUAGAUCAAUGAAGCAUAAGAGUUAAUAUCAAGAUGAAAACAGCUGUUAAUGUGAUACAUUUGUAAUCAAAAUGCCUCUUGUAUGCUUUGACUGCAUUUUCUCCCACACACCGAUAUGAUGUGCCUAGUAGCAUGAAUUGCACUCGUCUCAUUAUUAAAAGGAACUACAGCUUCAUGCGU